AAAUCAGUUGGGAGAGACCCAACUUAACUUUAAAGAUCACAAACAAUUCAGCAUCUAACCUAUAUGAGAUAAUAUCAGCAUGCCAAAAGCUAAAAAUUGGUAGCUCCAUUGAUCAAUAUUCUUUCAGAAGUAUGAGUUAGCUGUGUCUGGUAUCAGACAAUGUCAGUUGUCCCAGGUUUGAGCUUGAUGUCUUAACAGGAAUAAGUCAGAUUUCCCCAUGUCCGUAGUUCAACACUGAGGCUACAAUCAUAGUUGGAUACUUUGAAUCCUUGAUUGUUUCACGUUCUUUUAUAAACCGCACUUGUCUGAAUAAAACGUUGGAUUGUCAAAAAUAAAAAUGAAAAUGGGCACAACGAAAUUAAAGGUCUUGGAAUUUGGUGAGCGUUUUGUUUCGAUAUUUUGUACACUGCAACAACCAGUUUAAGUGACUGACAAGGGUUACAAACACAUAAAGGAAGCCCAUGGAGCUUAAACAGCUUAACUUUUUCUCUGCUGUUUAGUUGGCUUGCUUCUAGAACAAGUAGCAAGUAUUUCCCCACUCUCUCCUCAGUGUCACCACCCAAUACAAAUGGCGGGUCCUGAUUCCACCGCUGCGACGAAGAGCCAUCAAGUAGGCGACACCUCCGCCAAGCUCAACAAUCUCACCCUUCGAAUUUGGCCCCCCACCCAACGGACCCGGGAUGCCGUCAUCAACCGUCUCAUCGAGACGCUGUCCUCCUCACAAUCCCUCCUAUCCAAACGCUACGGAACUAUCCCCAAAGAGGAAGCGUCCGCCGCUGCCAUGUUGAUCGAACAGGAGGCUUUCUCGCUCGCCGGGGCAUCGUUCUCCGGCGAAGACGACAGCGGCAUGGAGAUCCUCCAGGUGUAUUCCAAGGAGAUGAGCAAACGUAUGCUGGACACUGUCAAAGCUCGAGCUGCUUCCACUACGUCGACCGCCGAUCCAUCAGAUUCGGCUCAAGUAGACUCGAAUAACGCAGUAAGUGCGGGCGGUGAAGAGUUCAUAUCUUCGUCCACUAAGGCCGAUGCUUGAGUUUCUCUAUUUAUCAUUCAGGGUCAUUUUUGUUCAACUUAGUAAUUGGUAUCUUGGGUUUUUCUUGAGGUCUGCUUCUAAAUGUGCUUGAUUAUCAUGGGUUGAUUGUCUUUUUGCUGCUCAAUUCAUUGGCACAAUGCAAUUUAGAGAAUGAAGGUGGGAGAAA